GCGGCGGCGUGGCGCGCGUGAAGCAGGAGCCCGAGUGGGAUACUGACCGCGUAACUGUUAAGGAGGAAGCAGAAUUCGUGUAUGAAGAGGCGCGUGUGAAGGAGGAGUGCUCGGACAGCACAGACGGGUGCGGCGUGAGCGAGGCAGCCAUGCUGGCCGGCCUGUACGACGACCACGAGGUCAAGGACGAGCUCGUGCUGGGGCCGGAGCGCCCGCACCGCCCCACAGUCGGCCUGGUGGUUCGCGCACCAGCUGUGGUGUGUGGUCGGCGCCGCUCGUGCUCGGUCAGGCUGGAGCACCUGCUGGUGGACGCGGAGCGGCGCACCUGCCGGGUCGGGCGCCGCACAUACAAGCUGCACGCCACCGAGCCACCCACACCCCAUGUCACCACCACUGUCUAUCAAUGUCACCAUUGCGGCAAACGGUGUAGUACGAAAACUACCUUACGUUAUCACCUGAUGAUGCACACUGGCGAGAAGCCUCACAAGUGUCCGUACUGCAACUACAGGAGCGCUCGUAGCGGACACUUACGGAGCCAUGAGAUGAUACACGAGGGUAAUAAACCAUUUAAAUGUAACUACUGUGAUUACAAGUGCAAUCGGAAAGAUCAUCUACAGUUUCAUGAGAUGAUACACACAGGCGAAAACCCCUUUAAGUGUAAAUACUGUGAUUACAAGUGCAAACGAAAAAAAGUGUUACGGACUCAUGAAAUGAUACACACAGGUGAAAACCCUUUUAACUGUAGUAACUGUAACUACAAAUGCAAAAGCAAAUCACGUUUACGGCGACAUCAAUUGGUACACUCGGGUGAAUAUCCCUUUCAGUGUAGUUACUGCGAAUACAAGUGCAGGCAGAAAACAUACUUAAAGAAACAUAUGAAUCUACACACUAGUUAAAGUUAAAAAGCUUUGAUAUAGCCACUGUCAUUAGAUGUGAAUGCGGAAGUCCUCAGGCGCAGGCAGGCAGGCGCUUCUAGUAUUUUUAUUUUACUUAUUUGGAAUAUUGUGAUUAGGUGAUUGCAAGCGCAAAACGAAAGUUACGGAUUUACAAGAUAAAACAUACAGGUGAAAGCCUCUCUACAUGUAACUACUGUGAUUACAAACAAGUGCAAUCGGAGACAGAUACUGACUCACGGAUACAAUCACUCAAAAUUGAACCGUGUCACAUUAAAAUAAAAUAAGCAGUUUCGACUUAUUCACAGUGGUAGUGAUGGUACUUGCCAUAACUAUUCCAAAUUUCAGGUACCUACAUCAAACGGUCUUUGAGAAAAACGCAUUUAACCGAUUUGCAAGACCGAAGUGAUCCCAUAAGAGCACCGUGAAAAAGUUUUGUACGGUGCUCUAAAAAACUAGCUAAAAACGUAAUUAAUGGAUCACCCCUUAUUAAGAGUAAACUGCAAAACGUAAUUCAAGACCAAAAAAAGUAAGACUGCAAUAAUUUGUUUGUAAAAUAGUAAAUUCCUUUUGAUAAAUAAUCACGCUAAGAUAAUUUAUUUAUUAGUAAUUUUUCUCCUACGAUUUAAACAACUACUUUUAUUUACUUAUUUUUACAUAAAUACAAGACGCGCUAAUUGGCAACAUUUUCUU